AUGGAUUCUCUUGUAUUAUCCUCAGGCACUACAACCCCAAUCACAAGCACUGCCCAGUCAUUGAAGUCAUCAUCUCGACCAAGUACUCCUGCAACUGAACAAGACCUUCUGUUCAGCCGUCCUCCCUCUCCCACCCGUACAACUCCAGAUGAGUACGUCCUCGUCGUUGGUGGCCUUGGCUACAUCGGCAGCCACACAACUUGGGAGCUCUUAAAAGAUGGAAGCAGUGUCGUUGUCAUCGACAACCUCAGCAAUGCUUUUGUUAAUGUUCUUGAUACGCUCAACGACAUGACGGACCAACGCUUCAGCCUCAGUCGUCGUCGUCGUCCAGACCUUCACUUCUACGAGGCUGACUUUCGAGACGAUGCCAAAAUCCAGGAGAUCUUGACCCUUUACUCCUCACCUUCUGGGUCCCAAAUCAAACGAGUUAUUCACUUUGCUGCAUACAAAUCUGUCUCGGAAAGUAUUGAACAGCCACUCAAGUACUAUGACAACAACGUCGGUGGGCUCAUCAGAUUCUGCAACACGUUGUCAACCUUCAACAUUAAGAACCUCAUCUUCUCGUCAUCAGCUACUGUUGGCCAGAAUCAAACAACUCUUUCCGGCUGCACGGGUCUCACGAAUCCAUAUGGGCGAACAAAAUGGAUCUGUGAAGCUAUCCUGUCUGAUUUAGCUGUGGCUGAUCCAGAAUGGACUAUCACUGCUUUACGGUAUUUCAACCCCAUUGGCUGUGAUGAAUCAGGCCGCUUGGGAGAAGACCCCCGUGUUGCACCAACCAACUUGAUGCCUGUCCUCCUCAAAGUCAUGCUUGGCGAGAUAGAUCAACUGGAAGUGUUCGGUACAGACUGGGACACCCGGGACGGAACUGCUAUCCGAGACUUCAUCCAUGUCUCUGAUCUUGCCAGGGGUCAUCUUGCCGCCCUUACCGGGAAGGACGGCCAAGGUUUCCAGACCUUCAAUAUUGGUACCGGAACUGGCCAGACGGUGUACGAGGUUGUUGAAGCUAUGGAGACUGCUUCAGGGAGAGCCAUUCCCGUGGUGAAAGUGGGACGCCGCCAAGGUGAUGUCGGAGCCUGUGUCGCUGAUCCUGGAAGAGCCAUGACCCAACUGGGAUGGAAGCCCCAGAAGACUUUACUUGACAGUUGCCGAGACCUGUGCAGGUUUCUGGAGGCAAAUGGGACCAGGAUAAGCCUGUAA